AUGGCGGAUACCGGUGCCCGCAGAAGAAGAUCUAGCAGCAUUCUUCAAGUCCACUACGAGCCGCCCGAGACUCUCGAGCAAAUAAGUGACCAGGCCGUUGUGCCCAACUUGAAUGCGAACUGGGUCAAUGCCAAAGGUGCCUGGACCAUCCACUUCGUCCUCAUUCUCUGCCUAAAGAUCUUCUACGACAUCAUGCCUGGCGUGUCCCAGGAGACGUCAUGGACCCUGACCAAUAUCUCCUACAUGUUCGGAUCGUACAUCAUGUUCCAUUACGUCCGUGGCGUACCAUUCGAGUUCAAUGGCGGAGCCUUUGACAACCUCAACAUGUGGGAGCAGAUUGACGAUGGCGCUCAGUACACCCCCGCAAAGAAGUUCCUACUUAGCGUGCCCAUCAUGCUGUUCCUUCUCAGCACGCACUACACCCACUAUGACUUGGCCUACUUCAUCAUCAACUUCUUGGCCGUCCUGGGAGUCGUCAUCCCCAAGCUGCCUUUUAGCCACCGGAUGAGAUUCGGUCUCUUUUCUGGCGAAUCCGACGAUUGA